UGUUGAGAGCAAAACAUGGCGGCUUCGAGGAUAGCAGUGGCUUCCGUAUCGUUAACCCAUUUCCGGCCACUAUCAUCCGCCUCCAUGGCCUCUGUUUCUCCUUCUUUGUCAUCCAGGCUGGUUCCACAUCCACCGGACCUUAUCAAGUGGGUCCGCAGAGAAGGCGGAUUCGUCCACCAGUCUCUCAAGAUUGCUCAAGAUGGCGAUACUGGCCUUGGACUUCUUGCUUCUGACCACAUCCCGAAAGGUUCCGAACUCAUUGUUCUUCCUCACAAUCUUCCACUACGGUUUGAUUCGCCGGAAACUGGCGAUACUGAGGAGGCUGACUCCGUUCUUGUCAAUUUGGCUCGCCAAGUUCCUGAGGAACUUUGGUCCAUGAAAUUGGGUUUGAAGCUUCUGAAAGAAAGGGCAAAAGUUGGAUCCUUCUGGUGGCCGUAUAUUGGCAAUCUCCCUGAAGUUUUCAGUGUUCCCAUAUUUUUUCCUGGAGAUGACAUAAAGAACUUGCAGUAUGCUCCUCUUCUUCACCAGGUAAACAAAAGGUGUCGCUUCCUCCUUGAUUUUGAUAAAGAAGUUAAACGUACUCUUGAUAGCGUAAAGCCUGAAGAUCACCCUUUUGGUGGCCAAACUGUUGAUGCAUCAUCUCUUGGAUGGGCAAUGGCAGCAGUCUCGUCAAGGGCAUUUCGUUUAUAUGGUAAAAAUCUUACGGUUGGUACUACUAACAGUGUCCCCAUGAUGCUCCCUCUCAUUGAUAUGUGCAACCAUAGCUUUCAUUCAAAUGCACGUAUAGUCCAGGAACAAGAUGCAGGAUCCAUGAAGUUGAAAGUGAAGGUUGUAGCAGAGACUGAAAUUGAAGGAAACGUUCCUCUAACACUAAAUUAUGGCUGUCUGGACAAUGACCUCUUCCUGCUUGAUUAUGGAUUUGUGAUAGCAUCAAAUCAAUACGAUCAUAUUGAGCUCAAAUACGAUGAAGCUCUCUUAGAGGCUGCUAGCACUGUUGCUGGGAUUUCUUCAGAAAAUUUUUCUUCCCCUGCUCCAUGGCAAAAACUUGUCUUAACCAAGUUAAAUCUACAUGGCGAAGCUGCUCUUCUUAAG